AUGCGGGUAAGGAAAUUUCUUGUUGAGUUACGUGCUUACUUAAAGACGAAUAAACCUCAAUUCAAAGAAAUCAUAUCUUCUACCAAGACAUUCACUGGGGAAGCAGAAGCCCUUUUAAAGGACGCUAUUAAGGAACAUAAGGAACUCUUUUUACUCCAGGAACAA